AGCAAUAGCCUUCAAGCUGGCAGCCUGGAAGAGGAGGAGGAUGUUGGUGGAGAUGGGGAGGGACGCGGGGGGAGAGAAAGAAGUGCAAUUCCCCGCCGCUCGCGAGCAGGAGAGGAGAUGUCUCCGGCAGCUGCAGGCCGCACGCAUCCACACACACACACACACACACUUGCACACCUCAUCCAUCCGCACCCCGGCUGGACAGCCGGCCCGAGUGAGCUCAGACUUGUGAGAGAGAAAUAAAAAGGAGCCAUUGGCAUCUCUCCCCUUGGCUGGAUGGCUUUCCCUCCCGACGAAGCAUCAGGCAUCGGGAACUGCGCGCUAAGCUGCUGCUGGUGGUGGUCCAGCGGAUGCUGAAGAACCUCAAACGUGGACAGCCAAGAUGAUGACACUCUUCCGUUGCUUCUCUUCCCCUCUCGCUCUUCUUCUCCUCCUUCCUUGCUUGGCCUGAGCCUCCUCCGUCUUCCCAGCUUGGCUGCCCGGGCCAGGAUGUGAGGGAGCCCGCAUCUCAAGGCACCUCUUUAUGGGUCCAGCAGUCGCCUCCAGGAGCGCAACGCAAGACCUUGAUGGUGCCUCCUUCUCCUCCUCCUCCGACGCUGCGCUGCCCAGCCGAACCGCUCCAGGCAGGGGGGCUUCUGGAGAAAAGAAGCUGGAGAUGAGGUGGGAGGAAGGAUGCUGACUUCCUUUGGCAACCCCCUCUUCUGGGUCGUCUUCUCCUCCUCCUCCCUCUUCCCAAAGACCUCUUCUUGGGCUGGGGCUAUGUCACCUGUGGACUGGAGACCAGGGGGGACCCCUGCGCCGAUGGGGGUGCACCCUUCUGCGAUGCAGAUGGAGAUGCUGCGAAACUGGAGCUUCUGAACUGAAUUGAUUAAUCUUCCCCCAGCUGCUUGGCGAGCUGGUUGCGGGGAAGGUGUGUGUGUGUGUCGGUGUGUGGUGGGGUGGCCUCUCUGCUGUCUCUCUUCAUGAGCCCAGUUUCCCCCCGCACACUGUUUUUCCUCACUUCUCUCCUCCCUACUCAAAAGAAACCAGAAGGGCUAUCAUCACGAUGCAUCUCCAUGUGAUCCAACGGUUGAGCUGAGGGACAGGAGCAUUAUCAUCCAUCCCCUGGCUUCCACUCCACAUCUUUGAGGAAGUGGUGUCAAAUCCUCUGUGCUUCCAGCAUCUUGUGGAUGCCCGCCUUUUUUUUUUAAUGCUGAAAAUCAAGUUGGUCUUUUUUUAAAGGAGCUUCCUGAGAUCCCCACAAAGAAAUCUUGGUCCGGCUGGGAGUCUCUCCUGAUCCACCCUCCGAGCUCGCCAAGAGAAUGGAGAUUGCAGGAACACCAAAGUUGACCCAUUCUGUGGGGUCUGCAGAGGAAGACAUGGGAAGAAGACCCUGAGAGAGAAGAGAAGCCAACACUGCUGCCUUCAGGAUCUCUCCGGGCAAUCCUUGGAAAGGACGGUGGACAAACUAACUGUGGGGAUGCCCUUUUUGCUGAGACAGCCAACAUGGCAUAGACCGGCACAGCUUCUUUCUGCAUUUUCUCACGAGCCUGGCAUUUCAAGAGUUGGCAGAGUGAAGCAUGAAAAGCAAGCCUUAACCCUUUAGGUUGGCCAUUCCCGGUCAUUUCUCUUGACCAAUUUUUCUUCCAGCUUGGCCCACCCUUGAGGCUUUGCUCUCCAACUGGAACAAAUGGGGUGUGUUGGAUUGAUUCUUCCCACGAUUCCCUCCCCGUGGCCGUGGCGGCUUUGUGGCCCCCACUGAGCUAGGGUGGGGGAGAUCCGGGGCUGGCUGGAAGGAAGCGUGAGGUCGGGAGUUUCUGGGGCAGGGUUGGGGAGCGUUAAGAUGUGGAGAUCUCCCCAGCCAAGAGGGGUUCCGUGGAGGCAUAGUCUGGCUGGGCAAAAGCAGAAUGCGCAGCGCCACUCUGCCCCAGCGCCCUGGCACCCUGUGAAGGAUGAACUCCCGGGGCUUGCAGGAUAGGCAGCCCACUGACCACGCGACCGACGGCAGCCACACCAGUGAGAGGGAACGCAUCCGGGGGCGCAUGAAGAUGGUGAUCGGGCAGCUGGAGGGUAUCCUGCAGGAACUCAAGGAAGUGGCCAAGGAACUCCGUGACGUGGUGAGCCAGAUCGACAAACUGACUUCGGACUUUGAGUUUGAACUGGAACCCGAUGACUGGACAACGGCAACAGUGAGCAGCACAUCCAGCAGCGAGAAAGGAGGUGGCAUGUUUGACCUCGGGCACCUGGAUUUCAUGACCUCCGACAUCCUCUCUGACAGCUGGGAGUUCUGUUCUUUCCUAGAAGCCUCCACUCCGUCGGAUUCUGGCGAUGGCUCCGAGCAGCAGCAGCAACAGGGGCUUAACCCCGACUACCGGCUCAUGAACGGCGGGGUGCUGAUCCCCAAUGGACCCCGAGUGGGGACCCCAGACUCUUCCAGCGAGGAGGCCUUCAGCUCAGCCCUGAGCCACAAAACUCAGAGGACGCCAGGCACCAGGGAACGGGUGCGGUUCAGUGACAAAGUCCUCUAUCACGCUUUGUGCUGUGAUGACGACGAAGAGGCAGACAGCAGCCCGCUGCCGGAGGACCCUCCAGAAGAGACCGGGGGUGAGGCGGCUCACAAGGGCGGGCCCGUCACCAAGACGACGCCGUGGCGGUCGCCUCACCUCAGUAGCGCUCAGCAAAGGAAGCUGAUGCGCAACAGCAGCACUCAGACCGUGUCGGACAAAAGCACUCAGACCGUCCUGCCCUAUAUUUCGGGCAAACAGAAAAUCAAAAGCAAAAACUGAGGACUAGAAACGUGGGGAGUCGGGGUGGGGUGGGGGAAGCUCCAGAUAAUAUAUAUAAAUCUCUCUAUAUAUUUAAGUCAAUAAAUAAUAAUGAUAUGAUUAAAAAAAAUGGUGACAGGAUAUGAUCAUGAACUACAUAAUGAUAAUGUCAAGACUCAGGGAAUUUAAAUGUUUUAUUUAUUGAAUGGCACUUCCCUCAC